AUGUCAGAAUUAGGGUUUCCAAACCCUCUCCAGAGCGAUCCAAUUGCUCCAUCUGAUUCAAUAUCAACGUUCUACCCCACCCAGAGCACCCUACCUACCCCAAACGACCUAUCCACCCUAGGUACCCUACCUGAUGGAAUUCCGCAGUUUUCCACGCCAAAAGCAGGAAAUUAUGCUAUAUGGUCCCAAAUCAACCAUAAUAGCUUCCUAAAAUGGUGGAAAACCACCCUAAAUGGGUUAAAGGAUAUCAAACCAUCUCUGAAUUGGGCAAAACAUGGAAAUUCAAUGAUUUGGUCCCAUAUUGAGCAGAUUGCAGAAGUUCAGACCGGACUACCAAAAGUACGCUGUAUAGCAUGUAAUAUGCUAUUUAACCACCCUAAUUGGAGUAAUAGUGGAGGGUCUAUUAAUGGGACCUCUACUAUUCGUCGUCAUGUUGAGAAAGCCUGUAAGUCUAGGGUUAUUAACCCUAGCCAGACUUCAAUUGAGAGUAGCUUUGCCUUUGCUACAGAAAUUCAGUCAAAGCAGUAUAUUACCUAUCAAGUAUGGUUCAAGCUGCUUAUGAACUUCUUUACCACCCACCACCUGCCUUUCAAUAUCUUGAACAGUCAGCAAUUCAAGGCCUUUAUAGAAGGAACGGCCCAGCUUGCUUCGGUCCCAUCUAUACCUUCCCCUCGAACCUUAUCUCGUCGCCUACGAGAUGAAAGCUUGAAUCAACAAAUAACCGCUUUAAGCACGCUUCCAGAAGCUAUCACAGGCUAUUUUCUAGACCUAGACUGGCACUAUAGAGAGGUCCUGCUAGGGUUUGAACCCCUAUAUGGCCCCCAUUCAGGCGCCAAUCUUGCACGUAUGCUUACCCCAAUACUGGAAAAGCAUAAUAUAUCAGACCGGAUCAUGGCUAUCACCACAGACAACGCUUCAAACAACAAGACUUUGAUCUCAUCUCUUUAA